AUACGAAUUUCAGCAAUUUGUUUAUAAAGACAGCAUGGUAAAUGCUAAUUACCUACAAUUUAGAUAUAAGACAGCCCUAAUUUAAAACCAGUUAAUUGCACACAGCGUUUAUGGAGACAGGUUAAAUACAUAUUUGGUGUAUAUGCUUUCUACAGUUUGCUAUUUUUUAAAGUUAUUUUUAGUCCUUUUCAAUCAAAUAGUGAAGUCCAGCCUUUUGUAUAGAGCGGAUGAAGUUGGUUCAUUCUCUUUGUUUAACCUGCUAUGAUGUAAGGUGACGUUACGUCAUUAUAACUUCCUGCUAUGUACUCGUGGUGUCUGUUUCUGUUUGUCGGUGGUGUUAUCAAAGCAAAGCGUUGGCAGUUGGGAAUUUCCAAGUAAAACAAGAGAUGGCAAACAAAUAAACAACAAACAUGGCUGAGAUGCAGUAAGGCGGCUUAGACGUCGGGUAUUGGCAAAAGGGACGCCGCACGUGUGAAACGUAACGUGCCAACGGCGUGAAGCGGAAAACACGUACUGCUUGUUCCGAGUCACAUUGAAACGCGGUGUCGUUGCUGUUGCUGUUGCGACUCAUUGGAGAGCUUGUCUACUGUAUGGAGUUGUGAUUCCAAUGCAGUUUAAUGGAGUGACAGCAUGACGGUAUUUAGGGCAGUCGAUAUCACGGAAGCGAUGGACGCAUGCUGCCAGUCGUACCACAUUUGCCAGUGUUCGUUGGGUCAGGGCCAGGAGGUACAACCGGUGAACUAACAGACGUACAACAAGUGACAACGAUAGGCAAGAAAGUUGUAAUUUCAGCAAGGAACAGCAUUUACGUUUUCGACCCUCAGUCGUUUACCACAAAGAACCGCCGAAUCUCAUUUGAGCAGAUCUUAAGGUGGUACCCCCAAAACGAUACCAACUGUUACCAGAGAACAACUUUGCUCCGAAACUGCCAGAAUUACAUCCGUGUAGUUACACCAAUCACACCCAAUGCUGUACUUGUAUGCGGAACCAACUCCGCCAGGCCAACCUGCAGGGAAUACGAGUGGCUGCAGGGAAAGUUCAAUAAAAACUUCCAGGAGUCCCAGCCUAUCGAGAGGUUUAAAGUCCCAUACGAUGAUGCGACUCAUUUCGCUUACACAUACUCAAACGGUUACCUCUUCUCUGCUCUUCGAACUGAUCUUCUCCGAUCCAAUCCUUCCAUUGCUCGGAGUCCAGUCACCGAUCCCAGCAUCAUCUUUCCACGAUCGCCCUCUAUCGUUGGAAGCAGUCUUCCUCUUCCGAGGUUAACAACGGAUGAAGCAUCUCGGUGGUUGGGUGAUCCUCGCUUCGUUGGGAUGGUGGACACGAUGGAGAAGGUCUUCAUCUUCUUCCGCGAGGAGGCGGUAGAAGCAUCAGAUCAAACAGAUAAGGUCAUUUUCUCCCGAGUGGGCCAAGUCUGCAAAAAUGAUGAAGGGGGGAGUUACAGCUUGCUUCGCAACAAAUGGACCACCUUUUUCAAAGCCAGGCUGAACUGUUCAAUACCCGGCGAUCGACCUUUCUAUUUCAACGAGAUACAGCAUGUCACUCAACCUAUUGAUCUAAACGGGCAGAUGACGGUCUUCGCUACCAUGACAACGCCAGAAAACAGUAUCCCAGGGUCGGCUGUAUGCGCUUACACUAUGCAUGACAUUGCUCGAGCCAUGGCUGGUAAUUUCAAAGAGCGAGAUCAAACUUCUGGGUGUUGGAAAAAUUCUCCAAACAACCCACGCCCUCACUCUGCCCAGUGUCGGACACAACCUGUCCGAGCCGCCCUUACUCUGAAGUUUAUUAAAGAACACACGAUUAUGUCGGAAUCCGUACAACCGCUAGGUGGCAGUGCUAUCUUUACUCGCACGCAGACGCAAGAUCGUUUUACCGCCAUUGCUGUAGAAACCAACCUAAACGUACCAAAUCAUCAUAAUGUCAGUGUUAUCUAUAUUGGCACUGACCAAGGAAAUAUAUUGAAAGUCUCCGCAAGUGGGUUAGGGUCGGAUCGGACACGAAAUACGUCGUUUUCGGAAAUAUGGCAAGUGUAUAGUGCAGAGGAAUGCGGUAGAGAAGAAGACAGAGCUGAAAUCCUAGAAAGCAGGAACCAAAGACGCGUCCGAAGUAUCACCCUGGUUCCAAAUAGCGAUGUUAUUUUGGUCGCAUUCAGUAGAUGUGUGGUUUCGGUGCCGAAGAGGUUUUGUAAAGCGUAUACUUGUAAAAGGUCCUGCAUACAGUCAGGUAAUCCUUACUGUGCUUGGCAAGGUGGUGAAUGCAAAGCACUUACUACAAAAUCGUCCCAACCAUAUGAACAAGACUUAUUCGCUGCAAGAACCGAUCUGCCCCCUUGUAACAAUGAUAAAGAAACCGAUUUCGCAACUACAGGCCAAUUCCAGUGCGCUGAUACUGCAAGUGUUGUACUUCCAUUGGUUGUCAGCCUCGUAAGCGUGUUUUGCUUCGUCUUGCUUAUUUUCCUGAUAAUCGUGAAAUGCAGGGCAAAGAGACAACUGCGCCGAUCCGCUAGAAACUGUACUACGACGUUGUGCCAGAAAGAAAACGCACCUCAUGGCAUGGGGAGAAAAAAUAAAGAGGCUGAAACCCGUCGCUUCUUUUGCCGUCGGCCAAAGAAGGACUACCCUCCUAGAGUUUCUAUUGAGCCUUCAUCAGCGCGUUCCCAUCCUUCAGAAAGAAGUAACGAUUCAGUGUUUGAGGGAAUACAGGAGCCGCUAAACAACGCAGCCCAUGCAAGCCGCUCUCAGAACGCCGAGUUCAGCAACUUACAUAUCGUUGAAAAUUUCGCAAGACCCUCACAAGAUAGCAUGGACGAAGGGAGCGCAUGGAGUGAAGAUAUAUUCGACAGUGACAGCCAAACUCCAAACCAUCAAAACCCCCAACAGAAUACGAACAACAACCGAACAGUUGGUGUCGCCCAUGUAAUGAAUCGAAAACCAGGCGGCAAGUUAUCCCAAAUAGUCCGGCCAACUUUUGUUACAAAGUCGAAAGUCAAAAUGGGUUCCCACCAAAGCACAGACAACUAUGGUUCAACACAGGACCACCCUGUUAGACGAUCUUCCACGCCCCCAAGGAUUGUAACCAACCCGAAUUAUCUUCCUAUCUCCCCUUUUGUGAAAAGAUCUACCGUCCCAGACUUAUACGAGAAUCAGAACUUUAUCCCUUUAGAUGAACACGACUAUGAGAACAUCGAAGGUUCGACAAUUCCUCGAGAUGAUUCCAACUUCCCUCCUCCGCCUCCGUGCGUUCUCUCACCGUCUGCUGAUGUCUCUUCCCCGCCGUUAUUCAGCACUUUACCGGUAUCAACGUCCUGGUAUCCCUCGCCUCCUGAAGAGAGCGAAAACAAGACUCCUGAACCAAGGUCCUCUCUGGGUGAAACGACUCCUCUCACACAACAGAGCUCAGGUCCCCGAAGAUCUCUAGCUAUCUCGUCUUCCGCUUCAGGAGACUCCACCAGUAGCGGGUUUGUCAGUUCUUCCUUUAGUUCCCCACCGUCGAGUUUCAAAGAGAAGCCAGGAUCAUCCCGAAAAGCUUUCAUCGUAGCCAAGGGGAUUCUCACAGCACAGACGUUUGCAUCGACUAGAGGGUCAAAAAAGUCUCGAAAGAAGAAAGGUAGUCAAGAUGCGAACGUCAUCAAAUACUCUCUUUCUGAACGUGAGGAGGACGAUGUGUUUUCUCCGGAGGAAACAAGAGAAGAAGAUUCCUCAUCCCAGAGUCUUAAAGAUUUGGAGGAAGAGGACAUCAAUAACUUCCGAAGUCCGGAGUACCACGAAGAGAGCUCAGAAGAAGAGGGAUUCAGCGAGAACUCGCCGACAACACCAAGCGAACGAUUGACUCCUUCAGAAUCCAAUAAAAGCAAGCUCAAAAAGAGCAUCCGGCUUUUUAAACUCAAAAAGAACAAACGGAACAAGAAGGAGAAAAUGAACGGAACUUUAAUGCCAGAUGUAGAAACCUUCAUGAGCCCAGCAUAUGACGAAGACCCGGUUGUACCGACAGUAGUUGGCUGGAAAGAGAUAGAAUACACUUCUCCUACAGCAAGUUAUGAAUAUGGGAGCCCAACAACCAACACUUCGUCUUUUAAGUCACCAAGUAAAAAUGAGGAUUUUUCUCAUUACAAUGGUCGCUCGUACGACGAUACCUGCCUGCCCCGGGAUUCAAACCAGCCACCCUCGGAACCUUACGCCUUCUAUACAAUGCGACCAAAGCAUAGAAUGCGGCAGAGCAUGCCUAAGAUGAGAAACACCGACAAAAGCUGGGCUCGAACCAAUAACCCCCUACCUGUUCCUACCCCUGCGGUUCCAGAUAUUAUCUAAUGUUAAAAAUCAUUCGUUCUUUGUACAUAAGCACGUUUCAAUGUUAUUACGAUCAAACUAUAUUUUCAACUAGUCUCGCGCUUAGGCGAUUCGAGUGACAUUUUUACCGCAAACACAGUGUUAUCUGUACAUAGGUUCCUAUAUAUUGUUAUAUACAUAUUUAAGCAUGAAAACAAGUUAUAUACCGCGUAUAUUUAUAUAUUAGGUCGGUACGACUUCAGGCACCAAUCUCACUGUAAUUGUUCUGUGUCAACAUACGCAUUCCUGUACACACAUCUGCAAUUAAUGUUUUAAACGUAUGUGUGAAUGUGAUUGUCUUUGUCAAUAUUUAUUGUACAUCAUAUUCUUGAGUUGUAUUUUGAUUGCACUGUUAUUUUUAGAUUUCCAUUUGCAGCAAAUAGAAGCGGACCAAAGGGCUAUCGCCCACUCUUGUAUAUUUUGUAUAUAAUUUUGUAUUGAUGUGUAUGGAAGUUAUAUUACAGCGUUGAACCGGUAACUUCCCAAUGCUUUUAUUGUUUUGCUAGUUUGGUUUUAAACGUCCAACAUUUUGCUGUUUUUUUCUCGAUGAAUGUUUUUUAGUGAUCAAAAUAUUUUACUGAUCCACUUUUACUUAUGGAAUACUCCGCUUCGCCCGUUUAAAGUUUGUAUGCUGCUGUAAAAAACUUUCGAUUCUUUAUCUGUGUUUUUGUCAAUCGUAAUAAAGCAAAGCACCCCGGUGCCCGGAACA